AUCCUAUCACGGCCCAGGACGGGAUUGGGGGGCAGAACCCGGAACCUUUCAGCCAGCGCGUUUUCUGUCCCCGGGCGGAAGAGGUUAGCUGGAGCUCCAUGGAGAUGGGGUUCGAGUGGCCGUGGCAGUACAACUUUCCCCCCUUCUACACGUUACAGCCUAAUGUUGACACCAGACAGAAGCAGCUGUCAGCAUGGACUUCCUUAGUCCUUUCCUACUGCAGGCACAACAAGCUAUACACAAUGAAUGUAAUGGAAAUCCAGGAGAGCCCAUUGUUUAACAAUAAGAAAAUACAGAGAAAGCUUUCUUUAGAAUCUGUCCAGGUUGUUUUAGAAGAACUCAGGAGAAAAGGUAACCUCGAAUGGAUGGAUAAAAACAAAUCCAGGUUUUUGAUUAUGUGGAGGAAGCCUGAUGAGUGGGGAAAAGUCAUUUAUCAAUGGGUCUCAAAAAAUGGAAUGACCAAUUCUGUAUUCACACUUUAUGAGUUAAUAGCCGGUGAUGACACUGAAGGAGAAGAAUUCCAUGGCCUGGAUGAGACCAUGCUUCUGCGAUCACUGGAGGCACUGCAGCUGGAGCACAGAGCUGAGAUCAUCACGCUAAAUGACAGCAGGGGCGUGAAGUUCUUUUAACAAAGUCUACCAGAUGGAUCUAGAAACACUUUUUUUUAGGAAGAGGGGAAGUCCAAUGACCAUGUUGUCCUUCAAUAGCAGGAAGCUCAUUUGUUCUGGGGUGGAGACCCAUGCAUUUAAAGCGGCUUGCAACGGAUGUAAAUGUUUGGAGAUGCAGCUAUAUUUUUACUCUGCAUUGUGUGUGCCUGUAUGACUGGGACCUUGUGUGUGAUGACGCUACUUUGUCUUUACACUUAUUUCUGAAUAAAUUCGCAAAAUGAUCUAAAAAAAACAAA